UCAACAGGAGGUAUCUGUUGGUAUCUGUGGAGGAUGUUAAGGGAAAAUACCUUGUUUAUAUCGCCAUAAAUUCUAGUUACAGAGAUGGUUAAUUCUUACUGAUGUGUUUAAGCAAACCCCAGGCUGUCUUGUGGAAAAGCCUAUGUGUAAAAUGCUUUAUUAACUCUGAAAUUCGCGAUUUCAGGCUAGUGCGACUUACAGCGUGGAGGAACGCAAUAUAGGAUGAACUUAAUUCUCAACGGAAAGCAUUAAAUGUGAUGGGUGCCGAUGGUAGCAAGACCAGCAAGCUGCAACUGCAACAUACGGAGGAGCGCCGCUACUCAUCAAGAUGGCGCGGCUUUCUCUCCAGAAUAGGCGUGUCCUUGUCCCCGAGACUGUGCCGUCUCUACCCGCAGCGCGUCGACUCACGGAGGAUGAUUCGGGACAAGGGGGUACCUGUACCUGAGCAAAUGCCCGGCCACGAGAAACUGCGCAACGCAGAGUGGAACCUUCCUGGCUUCAUCUCCAUGUUUCUACCUGAGUUUCCCCAUCGCAACGCCCACUUACACGAGCACUUUGAGGUCCUGAGUUACAUUGCCAAAGGAUCAUUUGGUCCCAUCUUAAAGGUGAAGGAUAAAAUGACACAAAAAAUGUAUGCGGUUAAGGUUAUCCCGAAGUCUGAGAUUAUUCGUCUAGGUGUGCUGAACCAGUCUAAGGAAGAGGUGAUAGUCCAGCAUCAGGUCCACCAUCCUUUCAUCCAUGACCUGCAGGACUGCUGGCAGACCCAGCAUCACCUCAACAUUAUGUGUGACUAUUGCAGCACAGGGGAUUUAUACACAUACUGGGUGAUGAUUGGUCAGUUUAUGGAGAAUACAGUUAAGGUGUUUGCUGCUGAGCUGGGCUGUGCUAUAGGCUUUCUUCAUGAUUUUGGGAUCAUCCACCGUGAUGUUAAGAUGGAGAACAUCCUCUUAACAGAUCAAGGCCAUGUACGGCUGGCUGAUUUUGGUUUGUCUCGACGGCUGGAGCAAGGAGGAAGGGCAUUCACCAUCUGUGGCACUAUUCAGUACAUGGCUCCUGAAGUAUUAAGUGGGGGCCCAUAUAACCAUGCUGCUGAUUGGUGGUCUCUUGGCAUCCUACUCUUUGCAUUGGCCACUGGCAAGUUCCCUCUGUCUGCGGAGUCUGAUCACAGCAACAUGCUGAGGAAGAUGUGUUGCUUCCCCUACGACAUGCCUAGAGCCUUCUCCCCUCCGUUUGCCCUUCUGCUCACCGAGCUCCUGUGUAAAAACCCUAUGCGGCGCCUCCGUUCACUGGAGCGCUUCAAGGGCCAGACCUUUUUUCGCGGCAUGCCCUUCGACGCGCACCUGCUGCAAAAGAGCCCCGUAGAGCCCAUCCUGGAGUUGAGAGAGCGGCCAGACCGUGCUGCGAAAGCCCGCCGAGGCAUCACCCCUGAGCCCUUCCCCCAGUUUGACAGCAACUUACUUACAGAUUCCACCUUGACGCCAGCCGCAGAGAUGUCCCCAGCAUGGGCCAAAUUGGAAAUACUGGAGGACUUCAUCCACAGCAAUUUACCUGAAGGCAAUGUGUUUGUGUAUCAGGAUGCUAACUAAAUGCAGUUGCCUGCAGGUAAUCUGAAACCUAUUGCUCAGAGUUUGUUGAAUCCAUGUAUUAAUAAGCAUGUCUUCCUUUUAUAGAUCAUGGAAAAUUGUUACUUUCUCUACAAUGUACACAUAUCCUGAGCCUACUGGUUGAACCUAUUGGUGGUGUACACAUUUGCAUCAAGCAGUGUGACUACUGAGUGGAAAAUGACUGGGCUUACUUUUAUGUGUAACCUUUAAUGUGUAAAGGCAUUGGUAGCCUGGCCUAGUUUCUUUUCAUUUGAUAAUCUAAGUUGUAUGGUCUUUACCUUCCAAUUAUAUUGUCAUAUUUUGCAGCGUGUGCUUGUCCCUCAGUGUUACCUAAAACAUUUUGAGUAAUAAGCCAGUUUUGAUAUGUCAAAUAUAGAUUGUUCCUGACUCCUAAACAAAGCUCCUAAAAUGACCUUAACAUGAAAUAAGUGACCAAAAGAUACAUCCUCCUUUACAUGACAUUAUAUUUAAAUCCAUUUAACAAAUCCAUAUCAUAUGGUUCUUUUUGCGUAAUGCACUUUGCAUAUGUUUACAAAUAAGAUGUUAUGGCACACAUUUUUCAUUAUAGCAAAAUCUUGACUAGCUGAACAAUGAGCACAGCAAGUGCAAUGUAACAAGAUCUUACCAUUAAAUUACAUAAUUUAAUUAUGAACUUUAGGCAUUAUUAAAUUACAUGUUGGUAUAGGGCUGAAACACCUUGCUCAAGGUCAUAAUGGGAGUACCAGGAUGUUAUCAAGAAUCAAGCAGAGAUCAAGCCAAGAAUGUAUUGUUUUAUAGCCACUUCUCAACAGACCAACAGACUACCACAACCUAAAAAUGAAAUUACAUGCUUCUUGGAUAUAUUCUUAAUAACUUUUUGGUUCAAAGAGCAGCCUGUGUACAAUUCUCCAUUCAUUUUGGCUAAGACGAUGGUCCUUAUUGUGUUCCCUGAAUACCUCAAACCUUUUGUUUUUGUGCUUUCUUGUAUCUUAAAUAAUAAAAUCUAAAAUCCAUAA